AUGGACGAGAUUUCUCUUUAUUUGUACUCGGCACAGACAACCUAUGAUGAAAUCACUCAGAGGCCUGCCCCAAAGAGUAGAUGGAGAGAAAACAUUGCCGCAAAAGUAGCCGCAAGGAAAGCCGAGCUGGAAGCGCUGACUGGGCACAUUUUGAAUGUGAGCAAUGGGGUCAAGGGCAAGACUCCCCCCUUGGUGCGUACUUUACUUCGUCGGGAACGAGCUGCCAAAUGGGACCUCAACGAGUUGAGGCGUGUCCGGGCAGAGAGGGAGGAGCUGAUUCUCGUUUAUCAGAAGAAGCUCUCAACUCAUGAGUCUCGGUGUCAGCGCAGGCGGGAGAACAACCUGUUUGAAUUUAACCGCAGGUCGUUCUAUCGUCGGUUGCACGGAGAGACGAAGGAGGGUACCCAGCAAAAGGCCGAAAUGCUUGACACAUGGGGGAGUAUGUGGAAAGCACGUCCUCGCAAGGGUGUGUCGUUUCCGUUUUGUGGACCCGAUGCUCCCUUGAUGACCGAGUCUUGUGGUGUCCCUGACAUCCGCAAGAAGUUCGAUGAAGCAGUAACCCGUCUCUCUGACUGGAAGACACCUGGGGUCGAUAAAGUGUAUAAUUUCUUUAUUAAAAAUUGCAAACCUAUCCAUGAUUGCAUGUGUCGAGCAAUCGAACAGUUUACACUAGACCCUGGCUCGAUUCCAGAGUGGUUAUGUACUGGGGUCACUUAUUUGAUCCCUAAAGUAGAUAACCCUUCCGCUCCGACAGAUUAUCGUCCGAUAACCUGUAUGCCCAACCUGUACAAGUUGAUGACUAAGGUGGUGGCUACUGAGGUCAGAAAUUUCGUGGAGGUGAAUGGGAUUCUGUCCGAGAACCAGUUAGGUACUCGGCGGGAUUGCCAGGGAGCUAAGGAGCAGGCACUGAUCAACAAAUGCCUCGCGAGAGCCCACGGAAACUCACUAGUGUCAAUGUGGGUGGAUGUGAAGAAGGCAUAUGACUCGGUUGAUCAUGCCUACCUCGUUGAGUGUCUGCGAAGGCUUAAGUUGCCAAUGUGGUUUAUCAAAUUUGUUGCAACUGUGAUGGACAGGUGGAACGUCCAUCUAAAUUACAACAAAUGCGAUAUAGGCGAGGUGAAACUAGAGAGGGGCAUAUUACAGGGCGACAGCAUGUCUCCGCUGCUGUUCGUCCUCUGCCUAGAACCGCUGAGUAGAGUCCUCACUGCCCAAUUCGAACAAUUGUCGAUCGAACAUGAAGGAGGGUGUUUUAGCACCAACCAUCUCAUGUUCAUAGACGACAUUAAGCUGUUCGCUCGGUCUUCAGAGAUCCUUCACUCAAUGGGUAAAGUCCUGAAAGGUUUCAUGAAGGCCGUGGGGUUGGAGCUCAACUACAACAAGUCGGCGACUAACACCCCUGUGUGUGGUGACCUAGUCAAAGUCUUGGAGGAACACCAAGGAUAUAAGUAUCUUGGUGUGGUUGAGAGUCCAGCCUCAUUAAUCACACCCGAAACGAGAAAGUGUGUAGUGGAGGGUGUGCGUAGUAGGGCGGCAAUGUUAUGUAAGACUCGGCUUAAUGCACGGAACUUAUUUCAUGCCUUGAACGAGUAUGCCAUCUCAUUGCUAAACUACUACGUUGGCCUGAUCGAAUUCGAGCCGAGUGAGUACGAUGAAAUGGACCUUAUUGUCCGAAGAGUACUCCGAGAGAAUCAUGUCCACGUGUUGGCAAGCAAUAAGGAGAGAUUGUACUUGUCUCGCGGGCAGCUAGGACGUGGACUGAGUAACAUCGUACACUUAAGUGAGCGAAUUCUUACUAAGAUGCACGACACCUUGUGGAGUGGGUCGAGUGUAUCCCAAAGGAAGGCUGCCAUCCUUGCUGCUGAAAAAGCGCGUGGUACACACCUAGGGACCAUAAAAGGCUAUGUGUCGGCUAAGUAUGGUCUAGGUGCUACCCAAGUUAAUGUGAAGGAGUUGAUCAAACUUCAAAAGGAGUCUUUAAUUAAAAAGAUCAACUUAAAAGUCCUUCACAAGACUCUCUUUAGCAGCCUGGACAACCCGCACAUUGACGUAUCGUCGUCAUCUACGUGGCUGAAAUAUGGGAAUAACUCUCCCCGAUCAGAAGGGUUGUUCUCAUAUUUGCAGGAUAGAAACUUUUUUAAUGGUCAACGGAAACAGUGUAACCACUGUAAGAGUAAGGCAAUGACCGUUGACCAUUUAGCCACGAAGUGCGGGAGUAUGUUUUACCAUGAUUACACAUGGAGGCAUAACGAGGUGGUUGACAUUUUGAGAAAAUCAGAUGUCUGGGUUAUUGAUGGUACCUUUAAAAGGGCUGCAAUUCCAUUUCGGCCAAAUCAUAUGGCGGAAAAUACAAUGUCUUGGUCUUGUGGGAGCCUACAAAGACGUUUCAUCGUGGGAACGAAAAUUAUUGAGGAAAUGCUACCAUUUAGCUUUCAUCCCUGUGGAAAAUGUUUUAUUGGAAUUUGA